GGAGCAGCAGGGAUGCUCCUGUGGAUGAGAUGGGAGUGCACAAGUGCUAUGACAGCAGUGCACCUCCACAGGUAACAGCAUCCACAGGUGAUGCGCUACCAGGUGCUGCUGGCCCUGAUGCUGUCCAGCCAGACCAAGGACCAGGUGACGAGCGCUGCCAUGCUGCGCCUGCGCCGGCGCGGCCUCACCGUGGACAGCGUGCUGCAGAUGGAUGAGGACACCCUGGGACAGAUCAUUUAUCCCGUGGGCUUCUGGAGGAACAAGGUGAAGUACAUCAAGCAGACCACAGCCAUUCUGAAGCAGAAGUACGGGGGUGACAUCCCGAGCACUGUGGAGGAACUGGUGCAGCUGCCAGGAGUUGGGCCCAAAAUGGCCCAUUUGGCCAUGCACAUUGCCUGGGACAGCGUGGCUGGCAUAGCUGUGGACACCCACGUGCACAGGAUCUCAAACAGGCUCAAGUGGGUGAAGAAGGAGACCAAGUACCCCGAGGAGACUCGGGUGGCACUGGAGGAGUGGCUGCCCAGGGACCUCUGGAAGGAGAUAAACUGGCUCCUGGUGGGCUUUGGGCAGCAGACCUGCCUGCCUGUGAACCCUCGCUGCAGCCAGUGCCUCAACCAAGACAUUUGCCCAGCUGCCAAGAGACUCUGAGGGAUCAUCCAGCCUUUGGAGAGCUACUGAGCUGCUUGGGCUGAGCCCUGCUAAAGCUGGGUCUGGCACAGGGCUGGCAGUGUGACUGCAGGGGACAGGAGCCUGCUGCAGCAGCUCCAGGGAACAGCCACUGGCAAGGCUCAGCUCUCCAGAGGAAAAAAGGGCUUUGAGAGGCAGCAAUCCUGCUGGGCCAGAGCUGAAGGCUCCAGCUUUGGUGAACGGCUGAGCACAGCCCAGCUGUGCCACACUGAGUCACUGGAGAGAAAAGCUUUGUCCUCAGGGACGUGCUGCUGCUUGUAAAUACUCGUUUAAUAAAGGUGGUGAGGGUUUUUUUGCA